UCUGUUUCUGCUUGAAGAUUGGGGAGUAUGCGAGAUGUGCAAGAGGGUAGCAAGAGAAAUGGAGUUGAAUUAAAGUAACGGACGGACUUUGACACAAAGGGAGGGGUACUUCAGAUCCAAGGAUAUCUAACUAAACGCAAGAGACGGGGAGAAACCACGAUUAGUUCAAAAUAUUUAAAUUCAAAGCCAACGCACUUGAAAUGAAGCUAUUAAAACCAAGUUGGGUCAGUCACAAUGGGAAACCAAUAUUUUCUGUUGACAUCCAUCCUGAUGGAACAAAGUUUGCCACGGGUGGUCAGGGAGAGGACUCUGGGAAGGUUGUCAUAUGGAACAUGGCCCCAGUGCUCAGAGAGGAGGAUGAGAAGAAGGAGAACAUCCCCAAGAUGCUUUGCCAGAUGGACAAUCACUUAGCCUGUGUGAACUGUGUUCGCUGGUCAAACAACGGGCUUUACCUGGCCUCCGGAGGAGAUGACAAGCUGGUCAUGGUGUGGAAGAGAGCUGCCUUCAUUGGACCGAGUACUGUAUUUGGGUCGAGCAGUAAAUUGGCCAACGUGGAGCAAUGGCGCUGUGUGACUAUACUGAGAAACCACACAGGGGAUGUCAUGGAUGUGGCGUGGUCCCCUCACGACGUGUGGUUAGCCUCCUGCAGUGUGGACAACACCAUUGUGAUCUGGAAUGCCCGCAAAUUCCCAGAGAUAGUGGCGUCGCUGAAGGGCCACACAGGCCUGGUGAAGGGGCUGACGUGGGACCCUGUAGGGAAGUACAUCGCCUCCCAGGCUGACGACCACAGCCUGAAGGUGUGGAGGACCAUGGACUGGCAGCAGGAGACCAACAUCACCAAGCCCUUCAACGAGUGCGGGGGGACCACCCACGUGCUGCGCCUCAGCUGGUCUCCCGACGGACAGUACCUGGUGUCGGCCCACGCUAUGAACAACUCGGGGCCAACCGCUCAGAUCAUUGAGAGGGACGGCUGGAAGACCAACAUGGACUUUGUGGGCCACCGCAAGGCUGUCACUGUUGUGAAAUUCAACCCCAAAAUAUUCAAAAAGAAACAGAGGAAUGGGAGUUCUCCCAAACCCAGCUGUCCCUACUGCUGCUGUGCUGUGGGAAGCAAAGACCGCUCCCUCUCCGUUUGGCUGACGUCUCUGAAGCGCCCUCUAGUGGUCAUCCACGACCUGUUUGAUAAAUCCAUCAUGGACAUCUCAUGGACCUUGAAUGGGCUGGGUAUCUUGGUGUGCUCCAUGGACGGCACAGUGGCGUACCUCAACUUCUCUCAGGACGAGCUCGGGGACCCCCUCAACGAGGAUGAGAAGAAUGCCAUCCACCAGAACAUCUAUGGUAAGAGCCUGGCCAUCACCACGGAGGCCCAGCUCUCCACCACCAUCAUUGAGAACCCGGAGAUGCUCAAAUACCAGCAGGAGAGACAGCGUGCGGAGCAGGCCAACCACAGGAUGGCCCACGAGGCCCAGGCCCACAAGCUCACCAGCGUGGUCAACGGAGAGUCCCUGGAGGACAUCCGCAAGAACCUGUUGAAGAAACAGGUUGAGACAAGGACUGCAGACGGCAGGAGAAGGAUCACUCCUCUCUGCAUCGCCCAGCUCGACACAGGGGAUUUCUCCCCGGCCCUCUUCAACAGCGUACCCAUCCUCCCUGGGUCUUCCAGCCAGCUCACCUCCCAGCUUUCCUCGGACUCCAACACGGCCACCUCCAAUUUGGACCCCCUGUCCACCCCACUGGGGGGCAAGGCCCCAGAUGACGCCAAGGACGGUGUUUCCGGUGCCAUGGCCCAGGCCUCGUCUCUUAACACCACAGCCAUGAAGUCCAACCUGCUCCUAACCUCCUCCACCAAGAUGGAGCCAAUGAAAGCCCUUGACUCCAGGUUCACAGAGAGGUCAAAGGUCAUGCCCGGGGUCACCAUCUCCUCCAUGGCGGGACUCACCCCGCUAGACAGAGUGAAAGACAGCAGCACUUUAAAGGAUCUCAAGGACGAGACGAGCAGCGACAGCGAGGACAAGAUGGCUGUGGUGAAGUCCCUCUCCUUCACCAAGAGGAAAGCCCUCGACGUGGACGGAGGGGACAACCACGUGGAGAAGAGGAAAACCCUCGACAUGGACGGAGGGGACAACCAGGUGGAGAAGAGGAAAAAGGGACGGCCCAGGAAAAUGGACACGAAAAUGAUGACGUCCGUGUCCCACCAACCCUUACAGCAGGCUACCCCUUCAUCAGAGAAGGAGCCUUGUUACGCCACUGCUGUCCCUGUGGCUGUCCUCAAACUGCCCACUCCCACACCGCAGAAAGCAUUUACUCUUCAGGUCAGUUUGGAGCCCCCGGUGUACCUGGAGGUGGAGAAUGAGGUCUCUGUGGUGUCCGGAGCCAAACUCAGCCAGCUGCGCUGUUCCAUGGAGGGCAGGGAGUGGGACACGCUGCUGCCUAGCCGAGUCAUCACUGCAGCGGGCAGCAGUGACGUGGUGGCAGUGGCGUGCGCCGACCGCAUGUUGUCCGUGUUUUCGGCGUGCGGCCGCCGCCUACUACCCUCCAUCCUGCUGUCAGCGCCCAUGUCCGCCCUGCAUUGCUCAGGCUUCUACGUCAUGGCCUUGACCGCCUGCGCCACCCUGUCCGUCUGGGAUGUCCAAAAACAGAGUGCUGUGGUGAAGAAUGAAUCUUUACAGACCAUUUUAUCAGGCACAGAAUGCACUGUGUCCCAGUCCUUACUGACACAGCAGGGGGUCCCAGUCAUUGGCCUCUCCAAUGGGAAGUCUUACUGCUUCAACUCCUCCUUGGAGACAUGGAACCUGAUAGCGGAUAAGCAGGACUCCUUGGUGCAGUGUGCUGACUUCAAGAACUGCAUCUCCUCCCAGGAUGCCCCUGUUUCCCAGGGACCCCUGGCUCUCAUGCAGGGACGCAACCUCAAUGCGGGUCGCCUGGCCUCCAGACUUUCGUCCACCCCCCACCACCUGCAGCAUGGCAUGACCCUGGCCUUCCUGGAGAACCAGCUGGCGUCGGCCCUCACCCUGCGCUCCAGCACAGAGUACCACUACUGGCUGCUCAUCUAUGCACGCUUCCUGGUCACUGAGGGCUCCGAUUAUCGACUACGGGAGCUCUGUAAAGACUUACUGGGACCAGUGCACAAGUCUGCCGGCAGUGCCUGGGAGCCUACAACCCUGGGCCUGCGGAAGAGGGACCUGUUGAGAGAGCUGCUGCCCGUCAUAGGACAGAACCUGCGUUUCCAGAGGCUCUUCACAGAGUACCAGGACCAGCUGGAGCUGCUCGGCAACAAAUAGCACUUCUCAAACUAACUCGCUUACUAACCCACUAUCCUAUCCAGCCCAGCUCCACCCUGGCUGCUGACAGACAUUCCCUCCUCCAGCUCUGGCUCUAUCCAGCCCUCCCUACGCUCUGCUCCGUCUUCACCUCUCUCCACCUGAAGGAAGCACUCACUGUCCCUGGGUGGAGAACCACUGGCACCCGGGUUGUAGAACGCUGAAAACAGCACUGAAUAAUGACAUGAACUGAUUAUGCAUUGUCUCUGUCAAAAAAAUUCCAUGAAUAAUUGAUCGAUUAAUUAUGUUGUUGAUGACGACAAUGAUGAUAAAUAUGUUGAACUGUUAUGGCGAAGGAACUCGGAGCCCCGCUGGAACUGUCAGGAGGAUUCUCCUUCUGGGAAGACGGAGGAAAGCGUAGAGCUGGUUUUGGAUGAGUCACUAGAAGCACAACAGUCCCGUCCCCCUAAACCUCCCCGACUGACUAUGGGUCUCACCAGCCCUGUCCUGUCCUCUCCUGCCCUGGGGUGCAACUAUACAGGGUCAUUUGGGGUCACAAGCUUAAGGCUAAAUGUAAUGUAAAAAGAAAAGCCACAGUAGGAUAGGGGAGAGAUGUUCUACCAUGAAUCACCCUCUUCUGAGCUUAACCCCUCUUCUCUCCUAUCCUCUUUACAGAAUGUGUACAGACUCUUUUCUGUUAGUCAUUUUUAAAUGUUUGUACAAGGCAACUUCUUUUCCAUUUUCUAAAAAAAAUGAGGAGAAAAAAAGCAUACAAAACAGGCAACACUUGUGUUUGAAACGAAAUAAAACUAUCAACAAAU